AUGGCAGAAGUUAUUAACGAUACAGUCAAGUCAGAAGCUAUUUCAUUGAAGCAUGAGGACUCCGUAGCUACUGGAUUGGACAGCGUGAAUCAAGACAACAAUGUUGAGCAGACUUUUUCAGAUGCAAAUGGUGAUGAAAUCGCGCCAGCUGUGCAAGAAUCAAAUGGUACAUUGGGCCAAGUUUUGCCCGAUCAGCCAAACCUCAAGGUUGUUCGUCGUAUCAUCAAUGGAUACGUGGGCUUUGCUAAUUUACCCAAACAAUGGCAUAGAAAGUCAAUUCGUCGUGGAUUCAACCUGAAUUUGUUAUGUGUUGGUUACAAAGGGUUGGGUAAAUCUACGUUGAUAAAUACGUUGUUCAACAGAGAGUUGUACGAGCAAGACGCUCUAUCCCAUGGAGUACAGUCUUUAGAUUUGGGUGAUGGUAAUGGCAACGAUGUCAGUGUCAAGAAGGAAAAUGGUGAAAACGGUCCAGCAGAAGAAAACAAAGUCAAGAUCGAAACCGUUUCAGCUGAAAUCGAAGAAAAUGGAGUGAAAUUGCAAUUGACCGUGGUUGAUGCACCAGGAUUUGGUGAUUCUAUUGAUAACACAGAUUCAUGGAAGCCAAUUGUGGAUGAAAUAAAUCGUAGAUUCGACCAAUAUCUCGAGUCUGAAAACAAGAUUCAAAGAACUACUUUGCAAGAUAACAGGAUUCAUGCUUGUCUCUACUUUAUCGAACCUACUGGUCAUGGUUUGAAGCCGUUGGAUUUGGAAUUCUGCAAGCAGGUUCAUUCCAAAUGUAACUUGAUCCCCGUUAUCGCCAAAUCUGACAUCUUAACUGACGAAGAAAUUGUCACUUUCAAAGCCACCAUCAAGAAACAACUAGAACAAGCCAACGUGCAGUUGUUUGAACCACCUCAAUAUUCUAUGCUGGGAGAUGAAACUUCAACUGAAAACAUCUUUGAAAAGAUUCCUUUUGCCAUUGUCGGUUCCACUGAACAAGUCACUACAGAAGACGGUAGAAAAGUUAGAGGUAGGGCUUACCCAUGGGGUGUCAUCGAAGUUGACAACACAAAACAUUCUGAUUUUGUAUAUUUAAGAGAUCUAUUAAUUAGACAAUACUUGGAAGAAUUACGCGAAAGGACUAACAAAGUAUUAUACGAAAAAUAUAGAUCUGAAAAGCUAUUAGGAUUGGGUAUCAAACAAGACAACAGUGUCUUCAAGAAUUUCGAUCCAGAAACUAGACAAAAGGAGGAAAAACAACUACACGAAGUCAAACUAGCUAAAUUGGAAGCUGAAAUGAAGGCAGUAUUCCAACAGAAAGUUGAAGAAAAGGAAAAGAAGUUACAGAAAUCUGAAGCUGAAUUGUUCGCUAGACACAAGGAAUUGAAGGAUAAGCUUACAAGCCAACUAAAAGCGUUAGAAGAAAAGAAGCGUCAACUUGAACUUUCCCUUGCUAACCAACCAACAAGCUCUCCAAUUCCUGCUAAGAAGAAAGGCUUCUUACGUUAA